AUGUCCGACCAGGAGCAUGAAGAGGCUGCAGAGCAUGUCUCUGCGAAGGAUAUCAAGAAUGCCCUGGCCGACGUCUCGGACCGUGAAGAUGACGAAUUCGAGGAUGCGAAUGACACGGCAGCCAUCGAAUCUGCUCAAGCUGCCACCCUCGUCAGGACCCGAUCUCUCACCAAACGCAGAUCGUCUUCAGAUAAGAGCGAGAACAGCGCACAAGAAACAAAGACCGACCUCCCUUCUAGUCCCUCCGCCCCAGAAGUGAAAACAAACGGCGAUACGAAUCAUGACGAAAAUGCUCACAAGCCCGAAGUCCCCCCACCCAAUUCUCCCCUUUUGACCUCCCACCGUCUCUCAACUACAUCUCUCGAUAAUGUCAAUCUGGAUGAAGAAGGGACUAUUUUAGAACAAGAGAAGCCUUUAGAAGAAGCUGAGCCGAAGCCCGUAGAAGAAUCAAAGCCAGCUCUCAAUCUCAAAAAGUCAUCCUUCCAAGGCCUCUCUGGGAAAUUACCAGCAGUACCAUGGUCACCUCCUCCACACCCACCUGCCACCGCACCACAUUCAGCAGCUCAAGCAGCUCCACCACGAAAAUUAACAAGCCCAUUUUCCUGGCUCUCUCGAAAUACAACGUCGAAAGAACAUGUCCCACAACCUCUUCCCUCACCAAAGAACGAAAGAAGAAAUACUGCUUCCUCGAUAGCCACGGUUAAUACAAUGGGAAGCAACUCUGAGCUGAUGCUGAGCAAGUUAGAAGAGGGCAACGAAUCAGAUAGCACAAAUGGCAGCAGGCCCAUAAGAAACAGUUUAAAGGACCGGUUCAAACUUCUGCGGAUGCGAGAAGAAGCCGGUAUCGCCGAGUUGCCCGAAGAUGACAAGUCUGGAGGGGCACUGACGGGACUGAUAAGACAAAGUACAAACCUUGGAUUUGGAAUAGCUAGUCCGACAGCAGAAGAUAAAGAAUUAUCAUAUCCGCCAGUAUCACCAAACCCCUCGAGUCCGAACCCAGCGUCCGUCAACCCUGCAUUGGCUCCUGGUACAGCAUCUGGAGUUUCUGCAGGGCCUUCUGCAAUGGGUGAUCCCUCGGCUCCCGUGGAUUGGGACUUGUGGCAAUCGGUUGUAUACGAGGGUCCGGCAGCAGUUGCAAGAACGAGUGCUGAAGAGCUCAAUCGGGCUAUUGCAACUGGUAUUCCAAAUGCUAUUCGAGGGGUGGUAUGGCAGGUUCUAGCACAAAGCAAGAACGAGGAGCUAGAGAGUGUUUACAGAGACCUUGUCACACGUGGGACAGACAAGGAUAAAGACAGAAUGAGCGGAUCUAGUGGAGCUACAUCCCUUAGUAGCAAAGAGAAAGAGAAAGAAGAAGCCAGGUCUUCAGCUUCUUCAAUACACUCAGAUCAAUCUACCCCAACGACAAAUGGACUGCGGUCACCCUCACCACCAAAAGAUCCCGAAGUAUUGGCAAGAGCUCAUGCUGCUGCGCUAGCUGAGAAGAAGGCAAAGGCGAAAGAGGAUGCGGUUUCGUUGAAUAAGCUCGAGAAAGCUAUUCGAAGGGAUCUGGGAGCACGGACGAGUUAUUCAAAAUUCGCUGCCAGUGCCGGCAUGCAAGAGGGUCUCUUUGGGGUGUGUAAAGCAUAUGCACUAUUUGAUGAGGGGGUGGGGUAUGCACAAGGAAUGAACUUUCUUGUCAUGCCCUUAUUAUUCAACAUGCCCGAAGAAGAAGCUUUCUGCCUUCUAGUUCGCAUGAUGAACCAAUAUCACCUACGGGACUUGUUCAUUAAUGAUAUGCCUGGAUUGCAUAUGCAUCUUUAUCAGUUCGAGCGUUUAUUAGAGGAUUUCGAACCUGCUCUGUAUUGUCAUCUCCACCGUCGUCAAGUGACACCACACUUAUACGCCACGCAAUGGUUUCUUACCCUAUUCGCCUACCGCUUCCCCCUCCAACUCGUUCUACGAAUCUACGACCUCAUCCUCAGCGAAGGCCUAGAAGCAAUUCUUAAAUUCGGCAUUGUCCUUAUGCAAAAGAAUGCCGCAACCCUCCUCGGCAUGAACGACAUGGGCGCCCUAACUACUUUCUUAAAAGACAAACUCUUCGACGUCUAUAUCGACAAGGAUCCUUCUUCCGGUUCCAUCCUGGAAUCUGGCUUCUUUGGAAAUUCAGGCGCAAGUAUCGACAAAGAAGUCUAUCGCGCAGAUCACCUGAUCCAAGACGCAUGCGCCAUAAAAAUCACACCUGAAACUAUCAAAACCUAUACACUUGAAUGGGAAGAAAAGACGCGUUCGGAGAAAGACCGAGAGGCCGAACUCGAUGGUCUAAAAUCGUCAAAUCACUCUCUAUCCCUUAAAGUCCGACGACUUGAAGAACGUGUAGAGUCACAUGACACCGAACAUGCUGCACUCGCCACGGAACUCGUGCGCACGAAAGUGGAAAACGAAGAACUGAAAGACGAGAAUGAAGGAUUGAAAGGGCAGGUGGCGGAGCUGCAUGACGUGGUAGAGAAACAGCCAGAGGAGGUUGAAGCGCGGCUGAAGAGCGAAAUGGAUAGGUUGAUGAAGCGGAAUCAGGAGGUGCAUGAGGAGAAUACGAGGUUGGAGGAGGAUAUGAGUGAGAUGGAGAAGACGCUGGUGGAGACCAAGAUGAUGUAUGCUGAAAUCCAAGAAUCCCACGAAGCGCUUACGCGCAAAUGGACCGAUCUCCGCAAAGCCCUUGAUUAA